AUGUGGUCAUAACUCACGGCGGGAACAACUCUGUGACCGAAACAUUUAGUUACGGCAAACCAAUGAUUGUAAUGCCAUUGGGUGGUGAUCAAUGGGAUAACGCACAGAGAGUUCAUGAAAAGGGAUUUGGGAUUAGACUUAAUCCGCAAACCGUUUCAGAGCAGGAAUUGCUUAACGCUAUUGAAAAACUAUUGAAUGAUAAGGAAUUGAAACACAAUUUAUCCGUCGCUUCAAAACAUUUCCUACAUUUAUCGCAUACUUGGAAUCAAUUAACCAUUUUGUUGGCACCGCUCGAAGCGGUCGGUUCAGUGAAUGCGUGCAUAGGUUUGGCUGAAGUACUGCUGAGUCGCGGACACCGUAUUGUCUUCGCUGUUAACCAAUCAUUUGCGGGAAAGUUAUCGCCGUUUGGUUUUAUCGAAGAGAUACUCAAUGACGAGACGGGAAAACUUCCCGCAGAAAACGCGGCCAAAAGUCUACUCGCGUCGGGACUUCUGUCGGACUUAACGCCCGAAGAAUCGAUGGAAAUGAUGUGCGAAACACCGAUAUUUGCCGAUUUGAUCGACAAAAUGAGAGCCAAUGAACCGAAACUGAAAACAAUUAUAGCCAAAUAUAAUCCCGAUGUGUAUAUCAUCGACGACUUCGCCGGCUCUCCGACAAUCAUUCAUUCAAACAAACCCUGGAUUCAUAUCAGUAGUUCUCAACCUCUGUCUGGUAUAAGGGAUGAUAGGACACCACCGGGAUGGUCAGGAUAUCCUUCAGAUAGUGAUCGACAGAAAUGGUCUCCAUUUAAUGAAUUGAAAAAAAAUAUUUUCAAAUCCCAAAUAAUUAAAUACAAUAAAUGGAUGGAAGAAGAGGGCCAUCCCUUACACACUGCGAAUAAAUCAAUUUUAGAGUCGCCUUAUCUUAAUAUCUAUGGAUAUCCUGAAGAACUCGAUUACACAGACAUCCGACCCAUACCUGAGAAAUGGAUAAAAAUCGAAACUUUUAUGAGAAAAGGAGAACAAGAAUUCAAAAUUCCCGAUAAAUUUCGCGAUAGAAAUGUCGAAAAGUGUAAAUUAAUUUAUCUCUCAUUGGGUUCUAUGGGUUCAGCAAAUGUGGAUCUAAUGAAGAGAUUGGUGUCUAUUCUCAGUAAAAGUCAGCACAAGUUUAUUGUAUCUAAAGGUGUUUUUGGAGACACAUAUGAAUUGGCUGACAAUAUGUGGGGCGAAAAGUCUGUUCCGCAGACAAAAGUGUUGCCAUUAGUAGAUGUGGUCAUAACUCACGGCGGGAACAACUCUGUGACCGAAACAUUCAGUUGU